UUUAGAUGUGUUAUGACCAAACAGACAAUGAAACUCGAGAAUAACCAACAAAACAACGUUCCCCUGAGGCAGUUCUCUCUCUACCGACCCCCUUAUGAAGACUUAUACACUUUCUGGUGGAAAUGUAUGCAGAUCACACUUCACGAUAAGGGAACUCAGACUGCUAACAUUGGAGACAAGUCGUUGAAUUCUGUUGAUGAGACGGCGCGUUCUCCAACCCAGGAAGCAAAUGAGCCUAAGAACACUGAAAACGAUCAACUCAAGCAGCUGAUGGCAAUGGUAAACCACUACAACUCCGUUGGCCGUGAAAGAACAAGCAAAUCCACCAAGACUUUCAGAGGAGCAAGCGCCCUGGCUCCCGGUUUCUCUCCCAGCAUGUUGAGCAACAUUACUGAUUCCGCUACACAGAGCACUGACAGUGGUACGGGUAUGGAUGCUACAACCCCCGUCAUGGAACAGAGACCCGUAUUUUCUCCUACUUCAUUGGCCUCCACAACAACAGGAACACCCGGAACCCCCAAAGCAACCCCUUCCCUGACAGAGUACCCCAGCACCACUCCUGGGGGAAUGUUGUGCACUCCCUCCCUCACCUCAUCCUCUCCUGCUUCCUCUCCCGGGGAUAGUCUACUCUCACCGCAGGCCGGAUCAAUGACGAACACACUACUUUCCCCGGGCCAAGUAUCCACUCCGGAACCUAAGGAGAUGAAAGACACAAACUUCACUGCCACCAGUAUAUUUGGAGACCCCGGAACGAACGCCGCCCUUUCAGCCACUCUGUCAGCUGCUUUGCUUUCUCAGCCCCUUUUCUCUCAGGCUAUGACACAAUUAACUAACUCCAUUACUAGUACUAACAACAUUGCUAAUUCUCAGGCAAUGAUCUCCUCUUCUUCCGGUACGACCACUUCCCCAAUCUGUAGUUCUCCAGCUAAAGCAACAUCUGAACAGAGCUCUCCUCUAAAUCAGGGGAGAGAUAAAGGGUCCCCAGGGGGAGGAAUGGGAUCACCUAAUCUUAGUGAGAAUCUAUCCUUCACUGAUGGCACGGACCAGCUAUCAGAUCUAAUUCACAUCAAACAGUUGACAGAUGUUUUGGGACGUAAAGCAGUUUUGGAUUCGUUGUCUCCAAAUAUUUCCAGUGGUGCAGAUCUAUCUCAAUAUCUUGGAUCUACAAUCAGCAUGGCACAAGCAGCCUCUCUCCUCGGCCAGCUCCCAACUUCAACCUCCGCAAGCAACCGUAAUCUCCUGGGGUCUCUCUGUGGCAUGCCUCUUUACAAUAUGGAACAAGCUCUGAAAACGGACGGAUACAGUUCGCUAGAUAACCAUCAUCAUGUGAAGCCGGAGAGGUCAAGACACUACCAAGCAGCAGACCAGGAUACAAGCAAUAUCACUCUACCUGAGGGAUUCGAGUCUGAAGAUCACCUGACUUGGUCGGAAGUUGAAGGUUUUGUCAAUGAGUUUAAAACGAAACGUGUAAAGUUGGGAUACACUCAAGCCCACGUGGGAGCAGCCCUUGCGCUGGUUCACGGACCUGAGUUCAGCCAGACCACGAUCUCAAGAUUUGAGGGUCUCCAACUGAGUUUCCCAAACCACAAGAAGAUAAUCCCAAUCUUGCGUCGCUGGUUGGAGAGUGUUGAGAAUCCGGCUAAACGACGACAUCACUCCCCCAGCGCUCUCCAUGGCAACAAUCAGAAUGGAAACCAGAAGAGGAGAAAGAGAACAACAAUCAGUAGCAACAGCAAGGAAGUUCUAGAGCAAUAUUACCAAACGAACCCUCUCCCAAGCACAGAAGAGAUUGGAAACUUAUCCAACAACUUGACUCUCGACAAAAGGGUGAUCCGAAUCUGGUUCCAAAAUCGCCGAGCAAUAGGGAAGCGGCUGAGCAAACUGAUCGUGACAAUGGGGGGUGGUGCCUCAAGGAACCAGAUGCAAAACAGCCAAAACUCCAUGCCUAUAACCACAAUGAUGAACCAGAAUCAUGGUCUGUUCUGAUGAAACAAAUCCGCAAAAUCCGCGGAUAUUCUUAUGAUUUCGAUGAUAAGUGUGCAAUUUGUGACGAUGAAAUGUCGGAAGUUAAGUGGACACGGGACGUUUUGACGAGUUUUUGUGUUAAAUAGAAGUGAACUUUGAGCGGUUUCAGAAAACUGGUUUCCGUUUUGAUUACGAUUUGUGUAUGUUUGUGUAUAUAAUAUUAUAUAACAUUUGAUGGUGCGUCGAGUAGGUUCAUCUUCCCUCUUAAAAAUACCUGACAUGCUUGGUAUUUACUUGAAAUCAACAACUGGUUCCGACCGAGUUCCCUGCAUUUUGAAAUUAAAUUAUUGACUGUUAUACUCUCCCUUAAUCUGCGACGCAUCCAAAAUGCUAAUCUUGUGUGGCACGAUUAGGCACUAACACAUAAGUGCUUAUAACUUGUAGUUUUUAAAUGCUACAUCUUUAUGUUUUCCUUUAUAGAAAGGAGAUUGUAUUGCGCUGAAUUUUACAUUUCAGUCGAUUGAGAUAAAACAUUGUGUUCUCAGUUUAGGGUUGUGACUUGUGAUAACUUAGUGUGAAACAUAUCAGAUUGAGCCAGUCUUACUUUGCCACAGAAUUAUUGAUGAUUCCAUUGUUUUGAGAAUGUGUUAUGAACGAAAAUUGCUCAAAAUUCUGUGGUGAAUAAAGACUUCUUUGUGUGAAAAUUGAUGGGUUUAAUCAUUCGUUC